GCUGCUGGACAUUGAACAAGAAAUGACCACAUUUGCAGGUUACUAUGCAGGAAUUGGUUGUGCCAUACUUGUGUUAGGAUACCUCCAAAUCUGCUUUUGGGUUAUGGCUGCAGCUCGUCAGAUACAGAAAAUCAGGAAAGCUUAUUUCAGGAAAGUAAUGCGAAUGGAUAUAGGCUGGUUUGACUGUACAUCUGUAGGAGAACUGAACACCCGAAUUUCUGAUGAUGUUAACAAAAUUAAUGAAGCUAUUGCUGACCAAGUAGCAAUCUUCAUCCAGCGCUUAACCACCUUUGUGUGUGGAUUCCUAUUGGGAUUUGUCAGUGGCUGGAAACUGACCUUGGUUAUCAUUGCAGCCAGCCCUCUGCUUGGGGUUGGAGCAGCUGUCUAUGGCUUGGCUGUGGCAAAACUAACAGGCCGAGAAUUAAAGGCUUAUGCAAAAGCUGGAGCUGUGGCUGAUGAAGUGCUCUCAUCCAUCAGAACAGUAGCUGCUUUUGGUGGGGAGAAGAAAGAAGUUGAAAGAUAUGAUAAGAAUCUGGUGUUUGCUCAGCACUGGGGAAUUCGAAAAGGAAUAAUAAUGGGUUUAUUCACUGGUUACAUGUGGCUUAUAAUUUUCCUGUGUUAUGCAUUAGCCUUUUGGUAUGGCUCUAAACUUGUCCUUGAAGAAGAAGAGUAUUCACCUGGCACUCUUCUGCAGGUUUUCUUUGGUGUUUUAGUAGGAGCUUUAAAUCUUGGCCAGGCAUCUCCUUGUCUGGAAGCCUUUGCCACUGGCCGUGGGGCUGCAGCAAACGUUUUUGAGACAAUAGAUAAAAAACCCACCAUUGACUGCAUGUCAGAAGAUGGCUACAAGCUGGAUAAAGUACGAGGUGAAAUUCAAUUUCAUAAUGUAACAUUCCAUUAUCCCUCCAGACCAGAUGUAAAGAUUUUGGAUAACCUUAAUAUGAUUAUUAAAGCAGGGGAGACAACAGCUUUUGUUGGAGCUAGUGGAGCUGGAAAAAGUACAACAAUACAGCUCAUCCAGCGUUUCUAUGACCCCACUGAUGGCAUGAUUACCCUGGAUGGCCAUGACAUUCGUUCCCUUAAUAUCCAGUGGCUACGCUCACAGAUUGGUAUUGUUGAACAAGAGCCAGUGCUGUUUGCCACCACGAUUGCAGAGAACAUUCGCUAUGGUCGGGAUGAAGCUACCAUGGAAGAGAUAAUCAAAGCAGCCAAACAGGCCAAUGCUUACAAUUUCAUCAUGGAGUUGCCACAGCAAUUUGACACUCAUGUUGGAGAGGGUGGAAGCCAGAUGAGUGGAGGCCAAAAACAGAGGAUAGCUAUUGCUCGAGCUCUUGUGCGAAACCCAAAAAUCCUGCUACUGGAUAUGGCUACAUCAGCACUUGAUAAUGAAAGUGAAGCUACUGUCCAAGAAGCACUUCAUAAGGCUCGCCUUGGCCGCACAGCAAUCUCAAUAGCUCACCGCCUGUCAGCCGUCAAAGCUGCCGAUGUCAUCAUUGGGUUUGAGCAUGGAAGGGCUGUGGAGAGAGGAACUCAUGAGGAGCUCUUGAAGAGGAAAGGGGUUUAUUUCAUGUUGGUGACCUUGCAAAGCAAAGGAGACACAGCUCUUAAUAAAGAAGCAACAGAAACAGCAGAAAAUAAUGUGGUUGAGCCAGAUCUUGAGAAAGCCCAGUCAUUCAGCAGAGGAAGCUAUCAGGCCAGUUUGCGAGCUUCACUUCGGCAGCGUUCCAGGUCUCAGCUCUCUAAUGUGGUCCCUGACCCUCCUUUAUCCAUUGCAAGAGAUCAUGCAGAGUCUAUGUAUCUUAUGCCUUCUUAUGGAGAAGAUGACGGACAAGCAAAAAAGCCAUAUGAACUGAGGGAGACGAGCAGCGCUCAGCACACUGAGUGCUACAAAAAUUCUGCACAAAUCAAACUGCAGG